GUAGGUAUAUAUAACUAUGAAGGAAAGAGUGAACACUCUCUGCCACUACAGAUUGGAACUUGCCUACAUUUAGUUGAAGAAUAUGGACCUAAAACUCCAGGAAAAGCAAUAUGGUAUCGAGGAUAUUCUAUGAAAAAUAAAGACAAACAGGGAAUAUUUCCAGCUAGCUAUGUCCAUGUUAAACCAUGUAAGGUUGAAAAUGAAGGGAGAUUUGAGAAUAUCAUUCCGACGGAAGAUCCAGUGAUGAAAGAAGUCACGUUUGUUCUGAGAGACUGGGCGGUAAAAUGGAAGAAAUUAUAUGUGGUUUUGUCUUUAUUUCAGGAAAGUCAUCCAAUGUUCACCAGAAUAGAAGAAGUGAUGGUAGCGUUGAUAAAUUACCGACGGCAACUUGUACAGAAUACCAUCACCGAGGAUCAGCUCUUCAGUAUUAAAAAUGAGAUUAUUAUGAGAAUUGACUGGGGAAACGGUAAAUUAGGGCUCGAUUUAGUUCCAAGAAUAGAUGGUGAAAUCAUCGAUGACGAGAAACAUAGUGUUAUCUCCCUUUAUAGGGUACAUUGUAAUAGUCCUCGUAAAUUGACCAUGUCACGACAGAGAAGUAGUAAAGAGAACCGUCAUUAUGAUACUCAUCACGUCUUAGUAAAUGUUCGAGGUUUUCCCUGUAACGUGGGCGAUGAGGCAGAAAUCUAUCUGUCUCUUUUUGAUGCUGAUACAAACCAGUUUAUAAGUGAGAAGUUUUUAGUACGUUACAGUAAACAAGGCAUGCCUUUAUCAAUGGAUAAACUAGACGCUUAUUAUGGUUUAUUCUUGGUAGGUAUAAUUUGUAAAUUACAAACCAAACUAACAAAUUGUUAA